CCAAACCACAAACCAAAUCCUCAAAAAUCAAUCCGCGAACCCCCUGGACACAUGUAUGCCAUAGUCUUAACCCCAUUCCAUAGUAGCAUCUUAUCUUCUGAGUCCUGGGAAGUGCACCCAGAUAAAAUGGAAAUACUCUUUCUGUUGUGCUCUGGGCUCUCCACAUUCUUCACAUCCUUCCUUCUCUCUCUCCUCCUUCCCUUCCGCUCCCUUCUCCGCCGCCGUCCCACCUCCGCCGCCGGAGUCGAACCGGUUUCCCUCUACCAAGGCACCGUCUGGCACGAGCGCCGCCGUCCCCUCCGCCAUUCUUUCCGGUACUCCGCCCGCUAUGCUCUCAUUGACCUCGACCGCGCUCCCCACCCUCCUCCCAACCAUCUCUCCGCCGAUGACUGUCGCUCCCUCGCCCAAACCAACGGUCCAGUUUUCCUACUGACAAUUCCUCCUAGUGUGGGGUACGAUAAUAAUCCAUUGAGCUUGUAUUACUGUUAUGAGGUAGAAGGCUUUACCAAAAUUUUGAAGCAAUGCAUUGCUGAGGUGACUAAUACACCAUGGGGUGAAAGAGUAUCAUUUUUGUUCGAUCCUACUACUGAUCUAGUUGCAAAAUCACUACAUGUUAGUCCAUUCAUGGACAUGCUUGGGAAUUGGAGCAUGAGAACAAAUGCACCUGGGGAUAAUAUAUUUGUAACAAUUUCAGUUCGACAUCCCAAGCUUGGUGAUUAUUUCACAGCUUCCUUAACAGGCAAAAGAAUCUCAUCAUCUGCGGCUGACCAUGCACUGUUCUUCUGGUUAAUGCCCCAUAAAGUUGCACUUGCAAUAUACUGGGAAAUGGUCUGCAAAAAUUGUGUUUGGUUCGUACUGAAAGCAUCCUUGAGAGGCUUGGACCUCAUGUUGCCUGUGGUGCAAACGUCUAUGGGAGGCAAUGGUCUGAGAGAAGCUCUCAAGCUGUGGUGGAAAGGUGUAGCAUUCAUUCAGCAUCCAAGGUAUGCCAAUGUGGGAUAUAGGCAAGAAGCACUGAUACGUGACAUGAAACUUCAAUAUUGCCCGGCAUUUUCACAAGAUAUACAAAACCAUCAACCACUUGAAGGAAGUGAUUCUGAUUUGUUGAAGGACAAGAAUGGGAGGAAUCGUCGGUUCACAUGGAGAGAUGCUAAAUGGCCCUGGUGCUGAAUACAAGCAGUGAACAUGGUGAGCAUUAGGAGACAAUAACAGCUUUGGGAACCAGUUCUCAUGAGACCUCAAUAAGACCAUGUGAAUGUUUAUUGUCAUCUGUCAUGUUAGAACUUCUCAUUAUGCAGAUUGAAUUUAUUCUUUUAGAAUAAUGCUAUACAAACGGAAGAAUUCAUAUAGAAUUUAUGUUGUACAAAAUGAUGUGGCUAAAUAUGUACCUUACGAUUUGUGUGGGGUUGUUUGUGCCUCUUUACCGUAACUAUUUUAUAGAGAUGUUAUGUUCUAGACUAAUGAUUCUAUUUGGGAGACCUUGUCA